AUGGGUAAGGCUAAGAAGACAAGAAAGUUCGGACUCGUCAAAAGGACUUUGAAUGCCAAGAAAGAUGUCCGACUAAAAGCUAAUCAGGACAAGAAUAACAAGAGCAGUGAAGAUCCAGAACUAACGAAACAUGUCCCUCAGGUGUCAAGUGCUCUAUUUUUCCAGUAUAACCAGGCAAUCAAACCUCCAUACCAAGUGCUCAUAGAUACUAAUUUUAUCAACUUUUCCAUACAGAAGAAGAUCGAUCUUGUGAGAGGCAUGAUGGACGCUUUGCUUGCAAAAUGCAUACCACUCAUUACCGACUGUGUAAUGGCAGAAUUAGAAAAGCUUGGCCCGAAAUAUAGAAUCGCACUGAAGCUCGCCCGGGAUUCACGCAUUCAGAGGCUGAAGUGCACUCACAAAGGUACUUACGCCGAUGAUUGCAUUGUAAAUCGAGUCCUGCAACACAAGUGUUACAUUGUAGCGACAAAUGAUGCGGGGCUGAAGCAGAGGGUGCGUAAAGUACCAGGGAUUCCGCUGAUGAGCGUUGGUGGUCAUGCGUACGUAGUUGAGAAACUUCCGGACGUUUUUUGA